CAGAGAUUAGGUUAGGUGAUCAAAGGCGGUCCAAGUGCCUGAAUGAUUUCGUAAUAAAAGACAGAAUUAUAGCAUAAUAUGAAGAAUUAUUUUAUGUACUCGAUAAAGAUAUCUCAGGGAUAAUACUUCCUUCAAGAAUGCUGGAAACUCCUGUUUAUAGAUGAAAUGGUGGUUUGCAAGGUUUUUAGGAUAACAAAUUGUAUAAGAAGUCGUUUUAGAAUACCUGCUACAACGUUGAGACGUAAAUGUCUCAGAAAUUAUGUGUCAAAUGCUAGCACACCGAGGCAAAAUAAUAGUUUAUGGGAGUCCUUUAAACGUAAAUUAACAUGGACUGUGCCCAUUGGAAUUGGAGUAUCUUUAAUCGCUUUAUUACAAUUGCGACAUUUAAGAAGACAUCCAUAUCCUAACAAAGAAAUACAAUUAAAGACACCUAUUAAUGAAUUAGUGGUAAAAUGCUAUUGCGGAUUACCACUUAGGAUCUCUAGUCGAAUAUGGGGUUGGAUUGCAAAUACAGAAGUUCCAGUUGGCUUAAGGCCAGUCGUGUAUGGAUUUUAUGCAAAGACAUUUUCUGCCAAUUUACAAGACAUUGAUACUGAUCUUUCCGCUUUUCCCACUUUAGUGGACUUUUUCGUUAGACCUCUUAAAAGCGAUGCCAGACCAAUUGCUCAAAACACCAAUAUCGUUUCCCCUUCAGACGGCAAGGUGAUCCAUUUUGGACCAGUGACGUCCUGCCAGGUUGAGCAAGUAAAAGGAAUGACAUACAAUUUAAAAAACUUUUUUGGUGAAUUCAGUUGGUCAGAAAUGGAUAAGCUACAUUCGGGUAUAGAGCUUGAGGGUGAUGAAUACGUUACGUCGCUUCUAAAAAAUCCUGAGAAUCAAAUGUAUCAGCUGACAGUAUACUUAGCUCCAGGGGAUUAUCAUCGUUUUCAUAGUUCAACCGAUUGGAAAAUAGAAUUUAGAAGACAUUUUCAGGGUAAAUUGCUAAGCGUAAAUCCAAGGGUAGCAAGUUGGCUGCCUGACUUAUUUUCAAUCAAUGAGCGUGUUACUUAUUUUGGCGAGUGGGUAGGUGGCUUUAUGGCAUACACUGCAGUUGGUGCAACUAAUGUUGGCUCUAUAAGAGUAUAUUCUGACGAGGCUUUAACAACAAAUACUAGAAAAUGGAAGAAAGGCAAACACAGUGAUGACCUGUAUCUGGAUUACAAAGUAGGCAAGGGGGAAUUAUUUGGUGAAUUUAGAAUGGGCUCCACGGUCGUUCUGCUUUUUGAAGCUCCAAAGGAUUUUCAAUUCUGUGUGAAGCCUGGACAGUCUAUCAAAGUUGGUCAAGCAUUAUCCGACUGUGCCGUUCAGGAAAACUAGUAAUCAUUUGCCCGAAGCAAUUUUAAUUGCGAAACAGUGAUUUUGAAUCUUUCUUUCAUACGUAUACUAAAUAAUUAAUCGUGCGUCAUUAGACAAGUAAGAAGAUAGGUAAAGCGACAAAGUCUGAAAAAAAUACGUGAAGCAGUUGGUGCAGCACCUUUCGUCUCAUUGGGAACAAUAACUGAGAAACAACAUAAAAAUAAUUAAAAGAGUAUAUACCAGAUGCAAAUAAUAUCAUCAUUUUAUACGUAA